AUGCUCCUAUAUUUGUAUGUGUUUGCUGCAGCUGUAGGAAAGACUCAGGACUCAGCAAAGGUCAAAGGUGAAAUGGACCUGGAUAAUGACUGGUCAGAGAGUGACAGUGAGAUUGAGGAAAUUACAGCUGAUUUUGAGAUUGAUGAGGAAACAGACCAACCAGCAAAGUGCGGAGAUUCCUCCAUCUUCUUGGCUGGUGCUGAGGUCAAACAGACCCAGUGCAAAGAUGUCUCCUUGGUUGCUGCAGCUGAGUCAAAGACUCUGAACCCUCAGCAGGAGCAGCCAGCAAAGUGUAAAGAUUUGUCUGUGUUUGCUGCAGCCGGAGGAAAGACUCAGGACUCAGCAAAGGUCAAAGGUGAAAAGGACCUGGAUAAUGACUGGUCAGAGAGUGACAGUGAGAUUGAGGAAAUUACAGCUGAUUUUGAGAUUGAUGAGGAAGCAGACCAACCAGCAACGUGCGGAGCUGGAGGACAGACUCAGAACACUCAGACAGACCAGGCAGCAAAGGUCAAAGGUGAACAGGACCUGGACAUUGACUGGUCAGAGAGUGACUAUGACAGUGAGGGAACAAUGGAUAGUGACAAUGAGUUCAUAGGUAAAGACGAAUGGACAAAGUGGAGCGUGGACAUUGAGGAAAAGAAAGCGUGUACUCAAGUCCAACAUGAUGCAAAUACAGCUGAGAGAGACAUCAUAAACCAAGAGAAGAAAAAGGACCAGCCAGCAAAAUGCAAAGUUGUCAACUGA